AUGGAUGAUUCAAUUGCGUCUUCUGAACAUACAAUGCAGGAACAUCAUAUUGUCAAGGCCGACGAGGUCGAUCAAACCGGAACCGACAUCACAACUGUGUCAGAUGAUCAGUUGAUGGAAGAGGUCGCGCAAGGCCUGCGACAGGAGCAAGCUUCAAAAGCGACGUCUGCUGAACCAAAUGAGUUGCAAGAGCAAAGACCCAAACCAUCGAGGCGUCCAGAACUGCGUCGGGACCCUCCGCCUCCUGCCCCGGUGCAGCAACUGCCGGACAGGCCGUCAGACUCGUUGAGCCUGGCUCAAUUAAAGCAAAUAGUUCAGGACAUGCCCAAGGCCGAUCAACCUGCGUAUGCAUUUGAAUACGCUGACUCUCAGCCUCUUGCGGAAGAAAUUGAAGAAUGGUUCCAAUACAGCGAGUUUGAUCGAAUCAUGCUCCUUGGCAUGAAGUCCACAUUUGAGCGAGAAUGGGCUUCUUUCUGUGAGAAGCAGUCUGCAGUUUCCAAUCGGCUGCCUUGGCUUGAUGCCCCUCAUGACUUACACAAAUCUUUCAUGGAACAGAUAAUCAAUGGGCUACCGGAUCGAGACAUUUCUGCUCGCACCGAAGCGUUAGAGAUUAUUUGCUAUGCAUUGACUGGUAUCUGGGGUAGUACCGCUGGAAAAGCAGUCCGUGACUACCCAGAAGAUCUGCCCCCGCAAGCAGUCACAGAUACACCCAAAUCAAAAUCACUGCAGAUCAUAUGGAUGCAGAGAAACGCUGAGCUUGUCAAUGAGUGUUCAGGACUUGGUCCAUUGCUCAGUUGCCUGUGCAAAGCUCUUGAGAAGAAUCGGGGCUCACCCAAUCCCGAGUUGGACGGUCUGGACUCGAACUCGGAUUCCGCAAAUGUUGCUGCGUCAGAACAUGAAUUGAACCUUGUGCUUACGGCUUUAUACAUAGUCGUAGAGAUUGGCCGAAGACAAGAGAAACAUGAUCCUCAAAAUGUUCCCCUGCGCGAUGCGCUCAUGGGGUUGAAGCCUAACCUGCCAGUUUUUCUUGUCGAGGUCAUAGCACGACUGCGAUGGGACGAUUCAGCAAACAUUCCGCUCACGCGGAUCAUCCUCCUUUUUUGGAAGUGUCUUCUCCUCUUCUUUGGGGGAAGCGAUAGCUUGAAGAAAGCCAAGGAAGAGUUGGAGCCGCGAAUGGAGGCACGAGAAAACUCUCCCAACCGGAGGACACCAUUUCUGACGGCUUCCCCCUGGAUUACCACCUCUUCCGGCAAGAGCCGCACCAGUUCAUCUACCGGGCUCUUUUCCGGAGUAGGUCCCUCUGUGGCUGGUGGAAACGGCUCUAUCCUCCAUCACUCUGUCCACAUCGCUACACCGGCUCCAUCACCUCCACCGUCACCUAUAGGACCCGGUGGCAAAGCGGGCAAGAAGCAGAAUUACCAGACAAACCAGAACUUUCCUUUUAUGUAUCCUCCUUUGGAUGACUCGAGCAACGAUAUCGGCGGAAGAGGCAGCACUGAACGGCAAGAUGCACUCGUGGGAAAGAGAUGGGAAGGAAGCGAUGUACCGGCGUCAAUCAUUGAAGCCGGAAAGCUCUUCUCGACUCACGUUAAGAUGACUAGAGCGAUGCGCCAGCUGUGGGAAGAAAGAGAGCGUUUCAUGAAAUAUGACCGCGGUUGGUAUCUUGACGAGAAUUCAGCUGGCUCAGACGAGGACCCCUCUGGUGAACUUGUUGAGGACUUGGAAAACCUGGUUUUAGAGGAGAGAAGAAAGUCGAGUCACAGUUGGGUCCCACAGAGGGAGACCGAUAAUGAUGACAUACAGCGCCGCUUAGAUGCUGUCGAAUCGUUCUACUCCCAAGUAUUGGUGCACCUACAGUCGAUCACAAUUGUCUUCUUGAAGAUCAUUUUGACCAAUGUCAGUGCUAUGGUCAAUCAAGCGAAUGGUCAAAAUGGACAUGCCAUGAGUGAUGGUUACGGGGCCGCCAAUGGGUUCCCAGCUGCCCCCAAUAGCUUCUCGGAUAGUUUCAAUGCCGAUGCUGCCAUUGAGGAACUUGACAACAUCCGCCUGCGAGAAAUUACAGGGAAGGCUAUAUCUGGAUCUUUGUUGCUCAUGUUGAAGUGGUUCAAGAGAUCUCAUAUAUUAAAGUUUGAAUAUAUGACGCAGCUUUUGCUCGAUUCAAACUAUUUACCCCUGAUUCUGAAGAUGUUCGCGCAUCAAGAUAUCGACCAGGCGAUAGCACAGAAGAACGACCGUGAAGAACUAGGUUUCUUCCACUUUUGUCAUGUUCAUUCCGAUCAGCCGCCAAAUUCAGCUGAUAACUCAGAUGAGGACUCAUCACCAAGUGAAGAUGAAGCCGUACCCCCGCCUAUUCUUCGGCACCGCCGUGAUACAGAUCCAGGCACCUCCUCAGUACGACCGUCGUCUCCCCAGGAGGCUCUUCCUGAACUGGUAGAAGGCCCUCAUCGUCCUGAAGUUGACGAACUGGGAUUUCCCACUGCUCCUCCGCCGAAAGAGCCCAUCACGGUGUUCUCGUUCCGGAACUUCUUCUCUGCCAUCAACUACCUUCACAUCAUGCAGAAGAUUACGCGGGACAAAGCACACAGAUGUCUGCUUCUUGUUCAGUACAAGUCCAGCACGAUCUUACGAAAGGGGCUCAAGAUUCCUGAUCCCCACCUGCGAUUCUACACCCUGAAAUUGUUCAAAUCGCAGGUGCCCUACUGUGGCCGUAAGUGGCGCCAGAGCAACAUGCGUGUCAUCACUGCGAUUUAUCUAUACUGCCGUCCGGAACUACGGGAUGACUGGCUGGCUGGUUCGGAUAUUGACGCAGAAGUGGAGGAGGCAUUGCCACUGGAACAAGCCCUCAGAGGGCUGACACACUGGUGGCACCUACGUCGAUACAAGGACGUGAUGGGCGGCGAAGGUGGUGCGUCCAUGAUGGAAGAAGAGCGGGACUUCUUUGUACGCGAGUUGGAAGCUAUGGGUUGGGGGUUUGCCGGUGAGGAAAUGAUGAAUGAGGAGGCGGAAAUGGCUGCCAACGGGGCCAUGAUGAAUGGGACAGAAUGGGAUGGUGGCCCGUUACAGAUGGAAGGAUGGUGAUGUAAAUAUCUAUUAGCGUUGAGGAAAUAUUGGCGCUGCAUUGUGUUGAAACGGCCGUCAUCAUUGGCAUAUAGCAUGCUGGGCGCAUCAGAGUAUCAGCCGGCUGUGAUGAACAAGGAACAAAUACGGAGUAG